AUGAAUGUUCAUGGUAAAGUUCUUCCAGCAACGCUAGACGAAUGGUACACUGUGAACUAUUCUGCUUGGUACGAGUAUAAGCUCCCUUCUCCAUCCAACACCAAACUGUCCAUUUCAUUCAAAGAAGUGUGUACAAAUGAACCAUAUCCUGAAUUUAUGAUGAAAACCAUUGCAUUGAACCAUUCCCUCUAUCAACACUUCCAAAUUCCUUUCCAUGAACAAACAAAUAAUUUAACCAUUCUUGGGCUAUUCAAUGUAACAUUUGCUUCUGAUAAGAGUAAUAAGAAUGCCAUUUCUUUCUCGAAUUUGUUCCUGUAUCCGUAUGGUAUUGCAAACACGUACGCUAAUACUAUCCAUACUUUCAUUUUCAACGGCACACACUUUGAGAAACCACCAAACGAAAUCAUUAAUAUCCUUGGAUCAGGUUUUCAAUGGAAAAACUAUUUUCCAAUGAAUCAAAGUGUCAUCGUAGGUUUGUUUGCGUAUCAAUUCACACCUCAAUUCAACUCUCAGAUUCUUGUCCCUGGUCCAAGUGUCUUUGAAUUUAAUUUCAUGGAAACUAACAACUUUGCAUCUUCUCUGUCACAGUCCAUUGCCAUUUCAUUUCCCCAUGAAAGAGGUGGAUAUCAACAUUCUCCUUAUUUCACUCUUAAUCAUUACACUCCAUCCGUCAACAAUGAAAUACCUUUUGGUUAUAUUGCCUUACGUUCGCUUCAAUAUAAUCAAUCGACAGAUCCCGCUCCAUAUCUGGGAGGUCAACGAUGGUAUUUCAAAUUCAAUGCAAGUCAGGGUUUUACAGAUUUGAAUGGACAAAUGGUGUCCAUACGUACGUCUUCCUUAAAAUGUGCAUGUGCUAAAGACAUGAAUUCAAAAUUUAUCACCAUGUGGCAUGAUUCACUUUCUGACAACCAGUUAACCUGUGACAAUGGUGUAAUUUGUAAUUAUUUUGCUGUGAUUGCAAAACCAACGGUUGAGCCAACCACUUCUGGCAGCACAAUGACAGUAACUCCUAUAAUGAUUGGUUCAACGAUUCAAGAUGGCAUUCAUUCCAUCAUUCUGAGGAAGUAUUACAAAUUCGACAUGCUUCCCAAUACAAAGGUUACCAUUAUGGUUUCUUGUUUUGAAGGAAUUGGUAUUUUAUACGUUAAUGCUUAUUCCAUUCCAGAAACAGACAAUUUUGAUGAAAUGACAUACAUAUCAAGCAGUGUUUCAUCUUCAUCGUUGACUGUGAACAAUUAUCUUACGGAAGUGAAAGAAGUAUUCGUUAUGAUUCGAUCAAGUGCUUCAAAGAUGAGUUAUUCCAUAACUACGAAAUCUCAUGAACCUGAGUUUCAAGAUCCAUUAGGUCCAGCAGCCACUUUUGGAAUUGUUGUUGCCUCUGCCGUCUUUGCGAUGUGUAUUGUGUCAAUAUUGGUCAUUGUGGUACUAGUGAUUAUGUACAAAAACAAGAAAACUUUUCAAACUACGAUUGUCAAUUGA